UCUUCAUGCGAGGUCACAUGAACUGGCAGUCAGGCACACGUGCUGUUCAUGUGGAUUGUUUACUGCCGGUAGAACCUUUUUAUUUGCGGAGUCACGUUCUUUAUUCUAUGGAGUCACCGCGUAAUGAAUAGCCACUUCGGCCGCGUGAGAGAACCGCUUCGAGCGUGAGACCCAAGGUGAGCGAUGGCGAAAAUCGUGGAUGGUGUGGACCCUGUAGCGGCGCUCGGAGCCGCGCAGUUGCUUACGAGGCCUGCGUCCGAGUUCGGCAACGAUCCCACCGUCGAAUCCCUUUGGGCCAUAAAAGCUGUCGAGCACAUGGAAGUCUACUUCAACCUGAUCAGCGCCGUCGAUCCAAAGAUCCUCAAGCUGACACCUCACGACGAAGCAAUAUACAAGGAAUUCAGGGAACGGUUCCCCGACUUGGAUGUCAAGCAUCUCGUGGAGUCCGAAAUCAAGACCGAAGAGUCAAAAAAGGAAUGGAGGGAAUUCUGUCUCAAGUUCGAGAAAGUCGUCGAAGACUUCAACUUCGCCACUCUACUCCGACUAAACAGCGAGAAAGAUUACGCUGAAGAAAACACGACGCUCGUUCCGAGGGUGCAGUUCUACGCGGUAGAGAUAGCGCGGAACAGGGAAGGCUGCAACGACGACGUAAGAAAAAACUAUGCGCCAAAGCCACGAAACCGCGAGUGAUAAUCUGGUGUCGCUCCUAGCCAUGGAAAUUUCUCACUCGAUUGCUUUGUUCGUCAAGGACUUCUGUGAUCGAGUGCGCGUGACAGACAUUCCUCUGAUUGAAGCCGUCGGCUGCUCCUCCAACAAGAAGCGUAAGCGCCCGGCGGACUAUCGAAUAUUCGUUGGAAGACCCGGCCACUCAAAUCUGCAGCCGCACUUGCAGCGUCUGGUUCGUGAACUCUUAUCUGCGAGUGCGUCGUGGAGUGUGCCUCUUUGCAGUUGCCAGUUCCUGUCACCCUCUUAUGUCGAUAUUUCCCUGAGCCGAGCUGCAGCCUACAGUUCAUUGUUUCAUUUUAUACUUGGCACGCGAGGAGCAAACUGUCGGCAGCAGCGGGGCGGCAGCGAAAAUGUGCUGGUGUUUGUCCCUCACCUAGAUGACUCAUUCACAGGAAUACGAACUGAAAUGUUAGCUGCCUAUGCUUCAAGGUGUUAUGCUGAGAAGAAUGUAGAUGUUACUAUCUAUGCCAGCAAGCCAUUACAUGCACUAGCGCGUCAUGCUUUCCAUAACGUAAUAGCGUGUAAUGAAGGCUUUCCAUAUGGGACACAUGGAAAUGACAUGGCUUGCCUGAUUAAGUGCACGAAAUUUUUUGAUGAGGGUGACAUGACAUUUGAUCUUAAAAGCUACGUUGUGAGUGAAGGUGUCGAUGUGUCUGGUUAUGACGUGUACCUCGGCAAAGUGAGCAUUGAAAGCCCUGCAUUUUUGAUUGCAUGUCAACUUGCAUGCAUCCUCAAAACUCACUGUGACGCUAAGCCUAGCACCGUCCUUAUUGUUGUCCCGGCCUAUAAAAGCUUUGUGGUACAACAAGCUGGGCUCUUGUGCUCAAUAAUGCUUGCCCAGGAACAGCGAAACAGGCCCCAGCCAACAGUGCUUUAUCUGAUUCAUGAGGGAACUUUCGAACUAAGCGACCGCACCUUUGAUGACUACUUGCAACAGAGGAGGACUUUUGUGACUGGAGCCUUUCACCGUCCUCAAGUAGACCUGCUGGCCUCUGCUGGAGGAUGCUGUUUUGAAGAUGAGUCAUCACUGACUGGCAACAACUUACAGGCAGCAAUUGAUGUGCUCGUGGAAACUGAAGUCACUUAUGAGUUCCUUUCAAGCAAGCAGAAUGUCAAGUUGAAACUGCGUGAGCGCUUAAGCCAGGCAGAAAAGGGCCGUUACGUUUCCCAGUACACAUUGGCUAGGAUUGCUGCUAUACUAAACAAGUACGAGUCAUAUGUGAAAGCAGGCACUUACCCAGCACUGUGCAGUCUGGAAGACGUCGACUUUGACCUGCUCUCCGAAGAGUCGGAGUGGCUUCUCCGGCACAGACUGUUGCUGUGCUGCCAGGUGCUCGAAGAACCCAUGCCCCAGACGCUGUCUGGCAGCGUCAAAGUCGAAGUCAACGCACACAGUCUUCUCAGAGCCCUGGAGGCACUCUGCACAGAGUUCAGUGCCUACUACAGCAAGAUCCGUGUUCUCGUUCAUCCAGAGCCACACUUGAACGCCACUGUGUUUGCACGAAUCUGGCUCCUCAAGGCUGUUCAGAAGACGGUGCUUGGUGUACUGAGCAGGUUCGGCUUGAAAGGGCUGGACAGAAUGUGACUUGUUUAUUCGCUUAUGUAGGGCUACUUUGAUGUGUGAAUGUUUCUUUGCUGAACGGAUUGGACAGAAUGUGAUUGCAAUAGUUUUACAUUUGUUUUUUUUACAUGUGAAUGUUCCUUUCUGCUGAUGUGUUCAUUUCCAAUGCUUGAGGUGUUGUUUAACGAGGCAGGACAUAACGAUGCUGCUGCUGGUUUUCUGUGUGGUUCUUUACAUCGUAUUUUGUGGGCCACAUGCAAGGUUUUGGUUGCAAGGACUGCAAGAAAUUUGCUUGUUACAUAAGUAGGCCAAUUUAAAAGAUGUACAGAUAUGUUUCUAAGUUGGGCUUUUUGUGUGCAUUAUGCAUAAAUUUCACUUUGAUGAUGUUUUGGGUUGAUAUCUGAGGUUUAUUUUGAAAUUGUUGCACAAAGUGCUAUUAUUUUCACACCGUGCUCCUUUGUGUGUGAAUGUUUCCUUUCGACAAUUUACUGGUAGUAGUUUGGUAGUUGAGCUACAGUGGCUCCAAAGGGGUCCAAUAUGUAAACGGUGCUUGGGUCGGUGAGUGAAGUGAAGGUAAACUUUUUAAAAAAUGGCACCUUAUGCCAUUGCAACAGUGUCAGACAUACAAUGUAUGCGCAUAUAAGUGUGAGCAUUUGUUGGAUCGCAUUGUUUGUAUACUUUUAUUUCUUGUCAAUUUGCAAUAUGUUGUUCUAAGCAAACCUCUACACUAUGUGGAUUUUCUUUUUCUUUCAUACAGUGUUGCUCUGCAAUAGCAGCUACAGUCAGGAAAAGAAUACCCUGGUUACAUGGCCAGUCAGUGCACAAGAAUUAUUUCAACUACAAUACAGAAGCAUGACCGGAGACAGUACGCUUGAAAUGCACUUCAGCAAACUGAGAAAUUUAAUUAAAAACAGUAACUUAUUUUGCAGGUGGAACUACACGUAGUUGUCUCAAAACAGUUAUGGAAUGUGCAAUUCAGUUCAUUUGUAAAUUUUGUUAGCUCUUUGCAUGCUGGGUAUUGUGUCUGUCCUCGGUGGGAUAGCUUAAAUCGGUUUUAAAUCACUGCAGUGCUUGUGGUAACCUAAGCAAUCUGCUAAUAUAACUUAGAGCGUGCAAACACACUUGCGCACAUAUUUAAGUUAUCUUGUAAUGUUCUUUCCAUGGCAUUGAAAAGUAAUGAACCUGUUCACAAUAAAAUAGUUAUAACAACACA